CGCCAGUGCGGAGCAGAAAGCCUUGGGUCACGAGCCACCAGCUGCCAGUAACUCGAAGGGAAAAAAUAAUUACCACAAAAUAGCACUGCUCAAGAAUUAACAAAUAAUUGUCGAUAAAUUAUAAAAUCCAAUUAUAACUUAAUAAUUGUAGAAAAAAGCGUAACCAAAGGAUAUACCCCAAACGGUGUGAAUCCCCCCAAAAAAACAACACAGCACGUGAUGCAACCAACGUAUGGAUGGGCCCAGUGAUUAAAGUGAAUUUCUGUGGGGUCAGCUAGCCAAAAAUCGAUAGGUUGUGGCCUAUCCAAAAAAAAAGUGUCCUCCAGCUGGAAACGUGCGCAGCAUGCAAAGUUUUCUUUAAGUCUAAGGGAAAAUUCAGAGGAAAAUCUCAACCUACGCAGGGUUAUAUAACAUACAACACCGCCCACGCAGUUUUGCAGCUAAAUCGAUAGACUAAAAACCGACAUGACGAGCUUCUAAUUGGAUUGCACGCGAGGGAUUAACCACUGGGCUUUAAGUAGGACUAGGUGGAACUGCUACUUGGAAUUACAGGGUAGUUAAGCUUUGAGAGAUGGGCAAGAAGAAAGUGCCCACCGAGGACCUUGUGGUCCCACCGCAGGACACCCGGAUAUGCGGCACCAUAUGCAUAUGCCAGAUGACCCUGGUUCUCAGUUCAGUGGCUCUCGUCUAUCUCACGGUAGCCAUAUAUAUGCCAUCCACCCGGGCCUUCAAAAGUGGCAUUGAUCCCACGCCGGUGAUGUGCACCACCACAAGGGCCGUGAACAAGGAUAACUGCGAGUGGGGAAGCUGCGGCGAGUGGUGCUUGAGCAAAACCUCUGGUGCCUGCAUCCAGAUUUAUGUGAAUCUCCGCAGCAAUGGCAGCAAUCUCAUAUUCCAAAAUUGCACAAAUUCAGCCAAUAAAACAUGUUAUGGAAUUGACCAGGAUAGGGCGGACAAGGCUCGGUGCAUCAAUGAUGAGUGCAAGAAUCUCACGGGAACCUUCAAUUGCACCGCUGGUCAGUGUCUCAACAUAACGGAUGCCUUUGAGUGCGUCUUCCACAAUAGUGAUGCACCAGUAAAGUGUUCCGGAAGGCGGGGAAAGAUCAACUGCAUGGACAUCAGUGGCUUGUACUCCUGCAGCCGAGGAACCUGUCGAAAAAUAAGGACUCCCUACAACUGCGACAGACGAUGUGUGGAUAUUCCAACCAGGAACAAGAACGUGGUGGUUCUUAGUGGAGACAAGGUCUACCUAUCCCAAUGUCAAAAUGCCAUCAAUGCGGAAACUCUGGAAGAAGUUUGGAACGAAUCCAAUGAUAAUGUAGCGAUGACAUCGUGUUACUUCAUUAAGAACACUUCGGAUCAAGUGGAUGCGGUAGACUGCAUCAAUGGCUCCACCCUGGAGCACAACAUGCUCAGUGAUCUGACCAACUUCACAUAUCUGAGCCACCUGCACGUUUCGGUGGCCACUCCAGUGCCGGAGAUAGCACCACCCGAUGUGGAUCUGACCAUUUCCAAUGAGUCCAAGCUGAUGAUUAAUCUGGAGGGUUGUGUAAAUACCCUGAUGGAUGAAUGCAAGGAGUUCCUGAAGGACUUCGGACGCGAUGGCAGUGAUCACAAUGCUCGGGCUCGCUUCCCAUGCUUUUAUUCACCCGGAAAGAAGGAUGUUGUGGUGGCUCGAUUUGAUUUAGAAGUCACAUAUCGCCAGUUUGUGUUCGCCUCGGUGGUGCCAUCGGUUCUAUUUGUUGUAUCCUGUUCUAUCCUGAUCAUGUGUCAGACCACCGUUUACGUGGGCGAUGAUGCUAAGAUGCGGUUCAAGGGAUGUGUGGAUACGGAGACCGUCCUGAAUAAGAAUAACGUGGGCGCACCCACCAACGGCGACAUGGGCGGGGGCGGCGGCGAUGAGGUUAUGGCCCUAUGAGAUCCGUCACGCAUUCCUCUGCUCCAGGAAGACAGUCCGACACACCAGACGGGAGUCUUCGCUUUGCAAUAAUUGGAGUUGGGCACCAGCUGAAGUCAGAAACACAAUCGAGCAACUUGAAAUU